AUGGUUGAGUCAAGCUCAGAGAACACUUAUACCGAUACACCAAACUCGCUCAACGGUGAUAGCGAGGGCUCCUUUUGGGUCAGGCUUCGAAACAAUGUCAAGACAUUUCUCGUCGACGGAUUUCAUCCUAUUUUUUACGCUCCUGUCAUGGGCACAGGCAUUUCUUCGAACAUCUUGUACUCAUUUGCGUUUCCCGCCAGAUGGCUUGAAAUAUGUGCCUACAUCAUGGGCGUUAUAUGCUUGACGAUUUUCAUUGGCGUUAAUAUCCUGUUCUUGUUGGCACUUGCUCAGAGGAAUGGCUUGUGGCAGAAAAUCCAUAAAGACCCCAAAAUUGCCCCCUUCAUGGGCUGUUUUGUCAUGGGGUUCCAGUCGCUCAUGAUGUUUUUGCAUGCUAUUACUAGAGAAUCGUGGGUGUGGGCCCUCUGGGUGCUCUGGUGGAUCACCUCGGCCUUGUCGGUGUACCUGGCGUCGAUCAUUGUGUUUUUGUCUCUGCUUGGUAAACAUCGGAACAAGAAGUCUCAGGUGCAUUUUCACGAUAUUUCUUUCACUUACUUGUUGCCUGUGGUCACACUUACGGUCGCUGCGUCUUUUGGCGGUAACGUGGCUGAGGAUUUGCCCAACAUCAACGUCAAGGUGAUCACCGUUGUGGUAUCCUAUUUGAUGUGGGCCAUCGCUGUAUUUUUUGCAUCCAUCAUCACCUCCAUCGUCUACUGGCGUCUUUUCACCCAUAAGAUUCCAGCCUCGGGUGCAGUCUUCACCAUGUUUUUGCCAAUUGGUUUCUUGGGCCAAGGUGCUUUUGCUAUCCUAAUCUUCGGAAAGAACUGCGUUUCCAUGCUCAUGGAUAACCAUGACAAAGUUCUCUCAUCGCAAUAUACUAAUUUUAUCCAUAAUGGAGCUGCAAAGGUGGGUGCUGACGUAGGCAGCGUGGCCACAAUGUUGGCAGUUUCCAUCAUGGUGAGCAGCACUGCUGUCGCCUUGUUCCUAAUUGCAUUUGGAUACUUGACCACUUUUUUUGCAGUGGCUUCCGUCCUUUCUAAAUCGAAACCCUUCGCCAAGAAACCAAACCUUGCUUGCGUUUAUACAAGCAGUACUUCCCCAGCCGUACGCUACUUUGAGGGCGCCCUCCGCUUUAAUAGAGGCUUCUGGUCAAUGACUUUCCCUCUUGGAACGAUGGCCCAAGCCAAUGUUGAGCUCUGGCGCAUGUAUCACGGCUUCAGCGCCUUUCGCUAUAUGCUGGCGAUAUAUUCGGUUACUCUCCUCUGCAUCACUAUCGGUUGCCUCUUCGGAGUGCUGGUUCGUGGUAUUCAGAUGAUCUCGUCCUCCUUAAGGCCCAAAGCCGAAUGCAAGGAGUCUGUGUGA